AUGGAUAAGAAGAAUGAACUGGAGGACAAACUCGAUUCACCCGAGGAUUGCUCCCUGGGUACUUUGACGAUGGAUGACAAGAGAUUGCUUCGCAAAGUGGAUUGGCACAUCUUGCCCAUCAUGUUCUUCACAUACUUUCUCCAGAUGAUUGACAAGAUUUCCAUCAACUAUGCGAAUGUGAUGGGACUUCAAGGCGAUUUGGGGAUGUCUGGGAAUGACUUCUCCUGGCUGGCAACCGCUUUCUUCAUCGCUUAUGCUGUGGCGGAAAUUCCCCAGGGAGCUCUGCUACAACGAUUCCCGGUGUCCAAAGUUCUAGGGUUCAAUGUGCUUUUUUGGGGCAUCAUUCUCUGCUGUUCAUCGGCGACCAAAAGCUUCAGCGGAAUGCUUGCCUUGCGUGUUCUUCUUGGUUUGAUGGAGGCGGUUAUCGGCAAGUCACCUCCGUCUCUUACCAUGUACACGAGUAUGUGGUAUACCCGCGCAGAGUCGACACCGCGAUAUGGAUUUUGGUAUUGUGGUCUUGGUAUGGGCCAGAUUGUCGGCGGGUUGAUUUCUUUCGCUGCUCAACAUGCACCCGCAAACUUGUCAUUUGGUGGAUGGCGCAUCAUGUUUGUGGCCAUUGGGGCCGUGAAUAUCCUAGCAUCUUUGCUGGUUCUCUUCAGUCCUGCUAAGGCUAGGUUUCUGAGCGAGGCGGAAAAGCAGCGCAUAUCUCAACGACUGUCGCAGGAUCAGGCCGGUGUUGGGAACAAGGUCUUCCGCUGGCGAUCUGUCCUAGAAGCAUUUGCAGACAUGCAAACCUGGCUACUGGUGUUGUUGACAAUUCUGAUAACUAUACCUAGUGGUGUAAUCACCACGUUUUCAGCAAUUUUGAUUCUAGGGUUCGGAUACAACUCAAAGGAGAGUGCGCUAUUGAAUAUGCCCAGCGGGAUUGUGAGCAUAGUUUCUACAAUGGCCUCUACAUAUGCCAUCGCAAAAGGGUUCUCGAGAUGGCUCGCAAUCGACAUUUUGCUGAUCCCAACUCUCCUGGGCUCUUGUCUCAUGUCUUUUCUUCCAACUGAAAACAAGGGAGGCUGCUUAGCUGGUAUCUAUUUGGUCAACACGACCGUUGCCCCGCUUGGUAUAAUAUAUGCUUGGACGGGUGCCAACUUCAAAGGAUACACCAUGAAGGUCUCGGGUGCGGCAAUUGUAUCGGCUGCAUUCAGUAUCGCCAACAUCAUUGGCCCUCAAACAUUCCAAUCUAAAGACGCUCCUCGGUACAUUCCGGCCAAGAUCACACUUGUCGCUGUCAACGCAGCUGCCAUUGUUGUAUCCACAGCCCUUCGGAUGCUGUAUGCCCGCCGGAACUCUACCGCUGAGCGCCUGGGGACUCCAGCACGGAGCAAAAUGGAGGCUCGUCUAAGUAGCAAAAACCAUACGAACGACGUUCACGAUGACGCGAACUUUCGUUACGUUCUUUAA